AUGAGUCUGCGCCAUCGGGCGGACGAUGGCGUGCGCACGCCAGUGCUUCUGCUCGUCCUAAUCCUCGCGUCGCUUCUCUCGAUGAGCCUACUCCAGGAGACGCUGACGGCCGAGGUGCCACCGCCACCCACACGCCCGCCCAUGGUGCGCCACGCGCUGCUGCAGCUCGAGCCAACAGCAGUACCCGUGCCAUCCGUCACCGCGACAUGGGCACCACGGACCAACGCCACGCCGACCAACGCCACACCGACCGCCACGCCACAGACACCGUUUCCGACCGACAAGUGGGGCAACAUCUUUCCAAAGGACCCGGCCGGCAAGAUCGAAUGCGCAGUCAUUGCGAUGGGCCACCUCUCGGUCGAGUACGUCAACACGACCGACUGCUACAGCGUCGAGGACCGCCGGGCCAUGCUCCGCACGAUGGUCUACACGCUCAUCGACGGGCUCGAAGCCAACGGCAUCGAGUACUGGCUCGACUCGGGCUCGCUCCUCGGGUCCGUGCGCGACGGCGGCUUGAUCCCGUUCGACUUGGACGCCGACUUUGGCUUGACGCACGCGUCCUUCACCAAGCUGCGUCAUACCUCCAUCGCGUUUCCAUCCCGGUACGAGCUCUUUGUCAACAAGAGCCCGCUCUACAAGAAGGGCCCGUACGCCUAUCUUCCCGGGCGCUUCGUCGACAAGCACAAGGGGUUUUACGUCGACCUCUUUGAGUUUCACCCGUCCAUCAACACGACGCAAGUCAACACGACGUCGAUCCUGCACGUGGCCGGUGGCAAGCACGCUACCUUGCGCACCCACGACGCGAUUGUAAGCGUCGAGUCGAUAACCGCCAACACGUCCACGCACCUCACGGUGACGACGACGACGACGGUCGAGAUUGACGUGCUUGCGCCCGUCGCGUCUGUGUGCUGGUGGGCCUGCAAGCACUGCCCGGCGCCCAACCACUUUGUCGUACCACGCGACUGGGUGUUUCCCCUCGUCCGCUGCAAGUUUGACGACCGACGCGCGUGGUGUCCAGCAAAUACCCACGCGUACCUUACGAUGCUGUACGGCGACACGUACAUGACGCCGCAGUAG